AUGGGUUCCGUAGUAGGACCAAAACUAGCCGAAAUUUAUAUGCUGGAUGUGGACAUGUUUUUAUCAACGUUAAAUGGAGUUAAGUUUUUUGCAAGAUUGGCUCCAUCCUUAAAUAACAGGUUAUCAAAUAUAAUGAUUAUAAGAAGUACCAAAAAAUGUUUAUUAGAGGAAGAAGGUGUUGUUUAUCGGAUAGAAUGCACGUGUAACAACCCUAGUUUUCACGUUGGUAAAACAAAACGAAGAUUAAAGAUUCGACUGUCGGAACAUCUGGCUGCCGAUUUCCGUCUGAUUUUGGGAAUUGUUGCAGUGUGGAAGGAUCCGAGAUUGAAUUUGAAAAAGUUUGUUACCAAAGGUUCUGUUAUGUUUCCUAGUAAUUUAGUGAACAAUCUCUGGAAACCAAAAUUUGGAUUUCCUAAUACCAAAAUGAUUCAAACGUUUUAUGGCUCUUCGAAAAUUACUUAUGUAAAAGUUCUUCCGGACGAAUCUCUGUUUGGGGGUAUCAGAAUGAAUUUUUUAGUUGACUGUCCAAUGAACCUGCAUGAUUAUCCAGCUGAUAUUCAGAUUUGUCGGUUUUUACUAGGUAUAAGUAAGUCAUUCAUUAUUACUUUUGAAUAA